AUGCCCCCCUCCCUCAAACACAAGAAUAACUUCUCCCGAGUUUUCACCCCCUCGCCUUGGACCAGUCCGAAACAGAACAUCAUGGCGAUUGAUGGUGGUGGUGGGAGGAGCUGUGGGGUGCAUGAGCUCAUCUGUGCCAGACGAGUGUCUCCUGAGCUGCUAGGGGUCCUGUCCUCCAUUGCAGCCUUCAUGGGCGUGAUGGCUCUCUUUUUUCUUUACCUCAGCAACAAGCUGUCUGUGGAGAGCACAAGCGACCUGUCAUGUCUGGAUGACUAUAGGCCCGACCAGCAAGACCAGAGCUGCCCAGAACAUGGCUCUGAGGACGAUAGUGAGGAGGACAGACCAGGGAGACACUCUGAAUCCUCAGCCCAGCACAGAGCCUCAGUCUGGGAUAACAGACAGAAACACACCAGCCAUCACAGCAGUGAAGCCUCCAUUGGACAAACCAACAAUAUCCAGCGGAUGAGACGGGGCUCCCCCCUCAACGAGAACCAGCCUCCCCCGUAUCAGGACGAGGAUAGACCGGUCCGGGUGUCUCUCUCGCGGUCGGAGGUAGGGGGUCUGGGGGAGUCGAACCCUGACGGCAAUGGUACACGGCGAUCCAGCAAGGCCAGCGUUGACCAGGACACUGCGAGUUACCUCAACAAGGGCUAUGAUGAGGAUGUACCUAGUGACAGCACUGCCAUCCUGGGACCAGAGGAUGGUUCACCCUCCCAGCUCCCCGGUGGCUAUGAGCCCGAGCCACUGGCUAAGUACGGCACGCUGGACGUGGCCUUCGAGUAUGACUCGGGCAAGCAACACCUCGCCGUCACUGUCACUGCGGCAACCGACAUCCCCGUGCUCAAACAGACAGGCAACAUCGCGUGGCAGGUACACCUGGUUUUACUGCCCACUAAGAAGCAGCGGGCCAAGACGGGGGUGCAGAGGGGGCCGUGCCCAGUGUUCACAGAGACCUUCCGCUUCUCCCGGAUGGAGCAGGAGACACUGGCGGACCACGCCGUCCGGUUCCGCCUCUACAGCGUCAGGAGGAUGAAGAAGGAGAAGGUGUUGGGCGAGAAGGUUUUCUAUUUGACUAAACUCAACCUGCAGGGCAAGAUGGCGCUGCCCGUUACACUGGAGCCUGGCACUGCACUAAUGGGCUGUGGGUCGUUGGUGAGUGUGUCCCGUAGUGCAGGGGCUCUAUCCUACCGUUCCACCAGGGACUCCUCCCCAGAAAUUCUACUGGGCCUCAUCUACAACGCCACCACUGGUAGGCUCUCUGCAGAGGUCAUCCAGGGCAGCCACUUCAAAAACACAGCCUCAGACAAACCUCCCAGUGGUCUGUUCUGUUGUAUGAAACGGUUCAUCGGGGGACAACUUUACAUCAUGAGAGACACCUACGUGAAGCUGACCAUGCUCGACUCCAAGGGCAAGGAGAUGUCCAAGUGCAAGACGUCAGUUUGCCGCGGCCAGCCCAACCCCACUUACAAGGAGACCUUUGUCUUCCAGGUGGCCCUCUUCCAGCUGUCCGAGGUCUCCCUGGUGGUGUCCGUGUACAGCCGGAGGAGCAGCAUGAAGGCCAGGGAGAGGGUGGGCUGGGUGUCCCUGGGGCUCAACAGCACUGGAGAGGAGCAGCAGGCCCACUGGAGCCAGAUGAAGGAGGCCGGGGGACAGCAGGUGUGCAACUGGCACGCGCUCUUGGAAUCUUGAACAGGUCUUAAUGAGAAUCACAAGAUUUCAUCUCGGUGACACAGGAGGAGAAAUACAGAGCCAGAGGAAGAUUAUAGGGUGUCUUGAUCUCGGUGUUGAAAGGGGAUUGGUUCCUUGACCUUCCGUCAGAGAUGCAGACGAGGAACCAUCUACCAAUGCUAUGCAUAUGAACCUGGAUUGGGAUGUGUGUGAGGGUGCAGCGCUAUGAGAGGCACGUGGAUUCCACAUGGAGUCACUGUUCAUUAAGUGCUGCUUUAAAUACCCUUUAAUAUGUAAAAGAGCCACUUGACCGGUUCUAAGCAAUGACUUCCUGCUCCUGUCAUGGUCAAUGGGGACUGUCAGACUGAUCUUU